GUGUCCUAAGCAAACUCUGCUGGCCCAUUGCUCUCCUUCAGCUACCUGCUGGUCUGCAUUUUGUUGACUUGAUGCCAAGAGCUGCAGCUCCCUCCUCACCUCCUCUGCUGUCUAGGUUUGGGAGACGCUUCCUAUCUCUUGCGAGAGCUGAAAAUCUAAAGAGAUGCCGCCGCCCCCAGAUGUAGUCAAAGUGGCAGUGGAGUGGCCUGGGGCCAAUGCCCAACUGCUUGAGUUUGAUCAGAAGCGCCCCCUGGUAUCCAUCAUCAAGGAAGUAUGUGAUGGCUGGUCCCUGCCCAACCCUGAAUACUACACACUACGCUAUGCUGAUGGAGCACAGCUGUACAUAACAGAACAGACUCGUGGUGACAUCAAGAAUGGGACCAUCCUCCAGUUGGCGGUUUCCCCAUCCAGGGCCGCCCGCCAGCUGAUGGAUCGGACCCAGUCACCCAGCUUGGAGGCUCGCCUAGAGGCCAUGAAGGAACUUGCCAAGCUCUCGGCAGAUGUCACCUUUGCCACUGAGUUCAUCAACAUGGAUGGAAUCUCGGUGCUCACCCGCCUGGUGGAGAGCAGUUCCAAGUUCCUUUCUCACUACGGUGAGAUGCUGGCCUUCACUCUUACUGCCUUCUUGGAGCUCAUGGACCACGGCCUCGUCUCCUGGGAUACAGUCUCCGUCAGCUUCAUCAAGCAGAUUGCAGGGUACGUGAGCCAGCCAACAGUGGACGUUUCCAUCCUGCAGCGCUCUUUGGCUAUCCUAGAGAGCAUGGUGCUCAACAGCCAAGCUCUUUAUCAGAAGAUUGCAGAUGAGAUCACGGUUGGGCAGCUCCUCUCCCACCUACAAGUCUCCAACCAGGAGAUCCAGACGUACGCAAUUGCUUUGAUUAAUGCCCUCUUCUUGAAGGCUCCUGAGGACAAGAGGCAGGACAAGCUUGUUAGUCCACUAGACCUGCCCUGCACUGAGAUGGCAAAUGCCUUCGCCCAGAAGCAGCUGCGUUCUGUCAUCUUGACGCACAUCAUCAGAGGAAACCGCCCAAUCAAAACUGAGAUGGCCCAUCAGCUGUACGUGCUUCAGGUUCUGACUUUCAACCUCCUGGAGGAGCGGAUGAUGGCAAAAAUGGACCCCACUGACCAGGCCCAGAGAGACGUGAUCUUUGAGCUGCGCAGGAUCGCUUUCGAGGCAGAGUCUGAGAGCAACAGCGUCCCUGGUGGAGCAGAGAAGCGCAAGGCUGCUUACACCAAGGACUACAAGAUGCUGGGUUUCAUGAAUCACGUCAAUCCCGCCUUGGACUUCGUUCAGAUCCCCCCAGGCAUGUUGGCCUUGGACAGUAUGUUCUACCUAGCCAAACAUCAUCAGGAUACCUACAUCCGAAUUGUCCUGGAGAACAGCAGCCAGGAGGACAAACACAAUUGCCCUUUUGGGCGCAGCGCCAUUGAACUCACCAGGAUGCUCUGUGAGAUCUUGCAGAUUGGAGAACUUCCCAACGAGGGCCGGAACGAUUACCACCCCAUGUUCUUCACCCAUGACCACGCCUUUGAGGAGCUCUUUGCCAUCUGUAUCCAGCUAUUGAACAAGACCUGGAAGGAGAUGCGGGCAACAGCUGAGGAUUUCCACAAGGUGAUGCAGGUGGUACGGGAGCAGAUCACCCGGGCCUUGCCCGCCAAGCCCCCCUCCCUGGACCAGUUCAAGAACAAGCUGCGUAACCUGAGCUACUCGGAGAUCCUGCGCUUGCGCCAGUCUGAGCGGAUGAGCCAAGAUGACUUCCAGUCCCCCCCCAUCGUAGAGCUGCGGGAGAAGAUCCAGCCAGAGAUCCUGGAGCUCAUUAAGCAGCAGCGUCUGAAUCGCCUCUGUGAAGGGACCAGCUUCCGCAAAGUAGGGAAUCGGAGGAGGCAAGAGCGCUUCUGGUAUUGUCGCCUGGCCCUGAACCACAAGAUGCUCCACUAUGGAGACCUGGAGGAGAACGCCCAGGGAGAGGUGACCUUGGAGUCACUGCAGGAGAAGAUCCCUGUUGCAGAUAUCAAGUGUUCUCACUGGGAAAGAGUGUCCUCAUAUGAAAGAGAAGGGAGCGCUGAAGCAGAACAAGGAGGCACUGGAAUUGGCUUUCUCCAUCCUCUAUGACCCAGACGAGACUCUGAACUUUAUCGCACCCAAUAAAUAUGAGUACUGCAUCUGGAUCGACGGCCUCAACGCCCUGGUGGGGAAGGACAUGGUCAGCGAGCUGACCAAGAGCGACCUGGACACGCUGCUGAGCAUGGAGAUGAA